AUGUCAACAAAUGCAUCGUCAUCAUUGUCGGUGAAUCAACCUGUUCAAUCAACUUCACCUAAGCAAUUUGAUGAAUUUGGGAGUUUGUUAGAAUAUAGCAUAGCUAAAGAUGCUGCAUAUUGUUUAUAUUGUUAUCUUUUUUAUCGGCGUAGUGAAAGGGGUCAUGAUGCUUUUAUUACCGAAGGUUUUACUAAUUAGAGAAAAAAGGAAAGAUUGAGAGAACAUGUAGGAGACCAUAAUAGUGAUCAUAAUAGAUGUCGUUUACUUUUUCAAGAUUUAAUGAACCAAGCUCAACACAUUGAAGAGUCUAUUUUAAAAUAAUCAGAAAAGUCAAAGAUUGAGUAUCGUUAUAUAUUAAAUGCGUCGAUUGUUUGUCUCUGUUAUCUCUUGAUGCAAGGUUUGGCUUUUCGAGGGAAUGAUGAGUCUGAAGAGUCAUUAAAUCAAGGAAAUUUUAUUCAAUUGUUGAAGAAUUUGAAGCUCAUAGCUCCUUCCAUUCAAAAAGAUAUCAUUAAUGCAUGUGCAGUUGAAAUAACAAAUGCUAUAAUUAGAGAUUUGGGGGAUGAUUUAUUUUCCAUUUUAGUUGAUGAAUGUCAGGAUAUAUCAGUGAAAGCGCAAAUGGGAGUUGUCAUUCGUUAUAUUAAUAAAUUUGGAUGUGUUGUUAAAAGAUUUUUGGGUAUUGUGCAUGUUAAUGAUACUAGUGCAUCAUCACUUAAAAAGGCUAUAGAGUCUUUAUUCUCUACCCAUGGUUUGAGUGUAUCAAGUUUGAGAGGCCAAGGAUAUGAUGGAGCUAGUGAUAUGAAGGGAAAUUUAAUUGGGCUUAAGAGUUUGAUUUUAAGGGAGAAUUCUAGUGCUUAUUAUGUCCAUUGUUUUGCUCAUCAACUCCAACUCACACUUGUUGCUAUUGCUAAAAAACAUUCAAGCAUAAGCAUUUUUUUAAAAACCGUUGCACAUUUGUGCAAUAUUGUUGGAGGUUCUUGUAAAAGAAGAGACAUGCUUCGGGAAAAGCAAAGAGAGAAAGUAGUUGAAGGGAUUAGAAUUGGUGAAAUAGCAAUUAGACAAGGUUUAAAUCAAGAGAUGACAAUAAAGAGACCAGGAGAUACUUGUUGGAGUUCUCAUUAUAGUACAUUAAUUAAUUUGAUAUAUUUAUUUUCAUCUUUGAUUGAUGUUCUUGAGUAUAUUGGUGAAAAUGGUAAUGAUGAUCUAGAAAGGGGUGAAGCAAUUGAGUUGCUAGAUAUUAUGAGUCGUUUUGAAUUUAUUUUUGUGUUGUUUCUCAUGAGAAAAUUUUUGGAAAUCACUCAUGACUUAUCACAAGCUUUGCAAAGUAAGGAUCAAAAUAUUGUUAAUGCUAUGCAGCUAGUUAAAGUUUCCAAAUAUCAUUUACAAGUUGUAAGAGAUGAUGGUUGGAAAUCUUUACUACUUGAAGUAGUGCAAUUUUGUGGUAAACAUGAUAUAGUUGUGUUAGAGAUGGAUGAUUUGUAUACAAUGAGAGGGAGAUCAAGAAGAAGAACUGAAAAGAUGACAAAUCUUCAUUUCUACCGUAUUGAGCUAUUAUACUCUGUCAUUGAUAUGUAA